CGUUUUUUUCCAUUAGAGGAGGAGUGUGUUUUUUUCUUUGACCCCUUUUCGUGGCAAUGCCAUUUGGGCCAAAAACAGCCUGAAAGGCGAGAGUGAGGGAUGUUCAAACUCUGCGUGCUCGCGGUUGCUCUUUUUAGAGCUCAUGCUACGGUCCUCUUCGCCAGCCUGGGCGACAAUGUGACCCUUCCUUGCUUCUUUGACUCAGAGGCCACAUAUCUGUCCUGGUACAAGCAGGUUGCAGGUGACAAGCCCGAAAUUGUCCUCUCUUACUACGUCUACUUGGACAAUUCCCACAGCCAUCAGAAAAUGGGGGUGUUCAGCGAGCGACUGACAGCUCACCAAGGAGCAAACUUCUUCCACCUAAAGAUUUCUGGUGUGGAGCUCUCGGACACGGCUGUGUACUAUUGUGGGCAGACUCAUCUCACCGUCACCAGCUUUGACAAUGGAAUAUUUUUGCUUGUGAAAGAUUCAAGCCGACUAUCUGUUAGCCAGCGUCCAACAUCUAUCUCGGCAACUGAGGGGAGUUCUGCUGCCUUACAAUGCACCACGCACCCUGGAAUCAGCAACGGACAUCACAGGGUCUACUGGUUCCGAGAGGCCUCACGGGACUCCUGUUUUGGAAUGACAUACGUCCACUCGGAGAACAGCAGCAGGUGUGCGAAAGUGUCCGAGCGGCGCUGCGUUUACAUGCUGUCCAAGAAGGACGUCACCCUUGCCGACGCGGGGUUGUACUACUGCGCAGUGGCCUCCUGUGGGGAGAUAGUGUUUGGCGAGGGGUCCAGGCUGGAUGUUGGAGGACAGACCCACACUUGGUUGACACCCUGCCUGAUUGCAGCUCUGCUUUUGUCCAUAUUCUUCAACAUCCUACUUGCUCUUGCUUGCCAAAAGUCCAGAAGACAGCAGCUUCUGCAGGACGGAGCAAAUAUGCAGACAAGUGUCCUAGAAGACAAUGUGGAUGAUGAGAUUGAGGACGCUUUGCCAUACGUGGCUCUGGACUUCAAAAAGAGACAGUCCAACAGCAGGAGACAGAAGAGCCCCGAGCACACCAUCUACGCUGGAGUGAGACUCAAACAUGUAGACUGAUGUUUGCAAAGUCAUUAUUCUAUUAUUGUUUCUAACAUUGCUUUUGCACAAUGUGUGACAAAGGGCGGUACACAGAAAAUGUGAUCUGAAUUCACAUGCGAUCUCCUUUCUAAAUAUCAAAUAUUUUCAUGUUACUUGCAUAACAAACUCAAAAACAGCACAUUCGUACUGUUCAAUGUCUUUGUCCCUUAGAAAGCCUCGCUGGUCGGGACAAGUUGGCUCCAUUGCCCUUCCUUAGCGAGGAGAAGCUUUUGAGAAAAACAUUUAAUUGACUUUUCAUUUGAGUUGCAUUUUGUACUUGUAUAAAUGUAUUACAGAGCGAGCGAUCAUUCCAUUUUUUUUACUGGAUGCAUUAUUUUGUCUUUCUAUUGAUUCCUGUAAAAGAAAGUCCCUCCGAAAAUUAUUCUUUCGGGACCUCUCAUGAAAUACAACAAUCAGACCAUGAAUUGAUUAACGUGGACCCCAACUUAAACAAGUUGAAAUAUGUAUUCGCGGUUACCAUUUAGUGGUCAAUUGUACGGAAUAUGUACUGUACUGUGCAAUCUACUAGUAAAAAUUUCAAUCAAUCAAUCAAUCAAAAGACAGAUGGCACAUUCUCCUUUCCAUGGCAUAUGUGUGUGUGUGUGCAUGCAUGUGUAGUUUUUAGGGUUAAUCUUACAACUGACGACGAUAUGAUACGGACACAAUUCUUGGUUCAAACUGAUUCUCACAAUAUUACAUUUUGCAUGUAAAAAUAUAAUAACCCUUUUUAAAACAGGAUACAAAAAUAUCUCUCAGAUAUGUUAAUUUUUGUAAUCAAAUGUCUACAGAUGAUACCCCAUUCUGAAUCAGAAUCAGACAAAUACUUUAUUAAUCCCUGAGGGGAAAUUAUAAAUUUCAGCACAAUCCCAUUCAAGAUCAGACAAACAUUACAGGGACACAGAACAGGAUCGCUGACGGGUCUGCCAACUUCAGGCGCCCCCUUACAAAAAAGGUGAGAUACAGGUAAAUAAGUGGAGGGGAAUGGGAGAAAAAAACAAAAAAUUAAAAAUAAAAUAAAAUAAAAUUUCCGACAACAUGAAAAGUUUUUUUAUUUUAUUUUUCAAAUAUAUAAAAAAAAAAAGGUAAAUCCCAUACACAUAAGUAUUCACAGCCUUUGCUCAAUACUUUGUUGAUGCACCUUUGGCAGCAAUUCCAGCCUCAAGUCUUUUCGAGCUUGAGAGGUGCUGCAAAGAUGAAUGGGCUAAAAAGCCCAAAGAUAGGUGUGCCAAGCUUGUGGCAUCAUUUUGAAAAAUAAUUAUAAGUAUUGAGCAAAAGCUGUGAAUACGUAUUUACCGGUAUUUGUGAUUUUUAUUAUUUUAUUUUUAAUAAAUUAGCAAAAUUAAAAACUUUUUUCCCCCACAUUUUUAUUAUGAGGUAUUGUGUGUAGAACUGUGAAGAUGUUGGAAUAAGGCUGUAACAUAACAACAUUUGGAAAAAGUAAAGCGCUGUCAAUACUUUCCAGAUGCAUCGUAUUUAACAUGCAUAUUUAACACUUCAGUAGCUCAUUCAGAGGUGUCAAAACAAGGCAUGGAGCAUAUUUGCUGUGUGCGCAGAGGGCAGGAAGUGUGUUCAUUUCCAUGUCUACUAAAUUUGUUCAGCGGAAAAACGUCUGACACCUAAAAGCGGUGCGGUUAGCUCACAAACAACUCUUGACCCAUUUCAUAAGCGGAAGCGGCAGGCCACUGUGUUUAAACCAUAAACUAAAGACUCGACAAAUUAAGUAUUUUUUUUCUGAUUGUUUGCAUUUUCAGAAAAAAAACACUUAAUCUGUCUAUCUGUGUUGGCCCUGUGAUGAGGUGGCGACUUGUCCAGGGUGUACCCUGCCUUCCGCCCGAUUGUAGCUGAGAUAGGCGCCAGCGCCCCCCGCGACCCCGAAAGGGAAUAAGCGGUAGAAAAUGGAUGGAUGGAUGCAUUUUUAUGUCAAGAAAUGCUGUUCAGAACUCAUUACAUUUAAAUCAGUUCAUGGUUUUUAACUUUCCUUUUUAAAUAAAAAAUGGUCUCGGGUAAAAAAAAAAAAAAAUGCUGUUUUUGUCAUACGUAUUCACUUUUCCCACUGUUAUUUGUAAAGCAGUUUAAAGCUCUACUUGCCUCUGUGUUCAUAUACAUGUGUAACGUUAUUGACAUUGUCCCUUUAAAGACGCUUGAACUUUUCCUGUUUUUUGCAUUUUGAAAACUUUCCGCUUUCACCCUUUAUGAUGAAUGAUACCGUGAGAUGCAAAAUGUCUCUUUGGUCACACGAGAUUCAUUUGUUAGUAUAAGGAUAGAACUUAUACUAGUAAUAAUAUUAAUAUUUUUAAAUUAAUCUGGGGACAGAGGCAGACUGUUUUUGUUUGGCCAAAAACGUUGUGUUACUCUACUACACAUUACUUUUUUUCAAAGGGUUAUUUCAUCUUACAUUUUAAAAUGUCAAUGUCCAAUUCUUUCUCAGUACGAUACACUGGCAGUUAUUGGACAAUACCACAAAGACAAACUAGAGAUGAAAGUGAUUUCUUUUUUAAAAGGUGCAUGAAAAACAUUUUGGCUCAAAUCGCUCGAUCAACUUCAGCCAAACAAGUUUGUAAUGUUUUUUUAUUUUAUUUUAACCCUUUAAUGGCCUUUUGAUCAAAUGAGUUUUCAAUCACUGUGUUACGUCUCGGAGUAAGGAGAGGACCCAGAUGCAGAGAAUAAGUAAAAAAAAAUAAAGCUUUUAUUUUGAAACAACUUUUACCUCCAAUGCAAAACGUUUUUCACAAGAAUAAUCAACACAGGGAAAAAUAAUUCCGAGGCUAAACAAUUAACUUAAAAUCACUCCACAAAAAUAAGGAGGAAUACUAAUCUAAGGAAAUUCUAACAAAAAAAGAAUAUUAAUAAGAAUAAACGAAAAGCGCUCCAACAGGAGGAAAAAACACACACAAAAAAAAAACGACCUACAUAUAAACACUAACUAUAAAUAACAAAAAAUCACUCAAUCAAUGAGGCAAUAAAUUCGAAAAUUGGAAAAACAAAAACUCACCAAUUAGGAAGACGAAGGAUAACCAAAGACGCUCGAAGGAGGAAAAAGUAAACUCAAAAUUACAGCAAAAACUAGGGUAACUAGGAAAACAGGAGCAAGACAAGGAGCUAAUCAAGGACAUGGACAUGGACAUGGACAUGGACGCUAGAAAGGCAUGAUAGACGAGACAAUCUGGCAAAGGACAAACGGAGAAGUGAGCUUAAAUAGGAUGUGGGAGUGAUGGGGAACAGGUGGAAACAAUCAGGAAUCAGGGAUGACGUCAGACUGGUGACAAAAGAGGAAGGGCCCGUGGUCUGAAACAAGAGGGUAGCUUUUCAAAAUAAAAUACGUAAAUCACAAGACAGAAAAAACCAAGACAAGACUUCCCUGUGACACACUGUACAUUUGCAUAACAUGAGUUAUUCUACUAAAUUAAACCAUGUGACAUCUCUCCAAAAGGCCUUCAAAAUGGUAAAAAUAAAAAAUAAAAAGAUAUAAAAAUAACUAAAAACUUGUUGAAAAAUAAACAAGUGAUUCAAUUAUAAAUAAAGAUUUCUACACAAUGAAGUAAUCAUCAAUUUAAAGUGCCCUCUUUGGGGAUUGUAAUAGAGAUCCAUCUGGAUUCAUGAAUUUAAUUCCAAACAUUUCUUCACAAAACAAGAAAUCUUUAACAUCAAUAUUUUUGUGGGUUCUUCCGAGGAUGUAGUAGUCGUAAUGGUUUGUACAGUCCUUUGAGACAUUUGUGAUUUAGGGCUAUAUAAAUAAACAUUGAUUGAUUGACUGAUUGAAUAUUCAUGGAACAUGUCCACAAAAAAUCUAGAUGUCAACACUGAAUAUUGCAUUGUUGCAUUUCUUUUCACAGUUUAUGAACUUACAUUCAUAUUUUGUUGAAGUAUUAUUCUAUAAAUUUAUUUAUUAAGGAUUUUUGAAUUGUUGCUAUUUUUAGAAUAUUUUUGAAAAAUCUCACGUACCCCUUAGCAUACCUUCAAGUACCCCCAGGGGUACGCGUACCCCCAUUUGAGAAUCACAAUUCUAUCGGGUUCAGGUCAAAACUCUGUGCAGGGUAGUCAAGUUCAUCCACGGCAGACUCUGUCAUCCAUGUCUUUAUGGACCUUGCUGUGUGAACUGGUGCACAGUCAUGUUGGAAGAGGAAGGGGCCCUCUCCAAACUGUUCCCACGGUUUGGUAUCCUGGAGCAUUCAAAGCUCCUUUCACUAGAACUAUGGGGCAAAGCCCAACUCCUGAAAAACAAUCCCACACUAUAAUUCCUCCUCCUCCAAAUUUCACACUCGGUACAAUGCAGUCCGAAAUGUACCGUUCUUAAUAAUUAAAAACAGCACUAAUUCGUAAUUAAUUUAGGAUUCAGCUCUUUGUAGUUUUACUUAAAUCAGUUGUUUUCUGCUGAGUUAUUCACUGAUGUUUUCAACAAAUUUCUCAAACCAAUUAGUCUGAAUGAUCAAACAAGUCAUGACAUUUCAAAGUCCAAGGCUUUUGUUUUUAUUAGAAAAUUGUGAGUCUUUUUUACUGUCAGAGACUUUUUGGAUAGCUGAUCAAAAUCAGCAGUCAAUGGCAAAUCCGGUAUGCAAUGUCACCUUUAAGCAGAACUUUGUUUCAAACUGUAGCUUUAAAAUGUUUUUUUUAUCUGGGAGACUGACUCAGGCAUUUAACUUUUCUACACACCAUCCUGUCUUACAGUUUUUAUAGGCGCCCAUGUUAACUACCGAACUGGUUGGCAACAUUAGCCAGAACCUGCCCGGCAGGCGUAUAGUCCUUAUAGUUGUUCAGUAGUGAUGGGUUGAUGAGGCGUCAUGUAGCGUUUCGGCACAUUGCAAAACUAUAUUGAUACUGUGUCACUAAAUACUGAUAUCUGCUGGACAUUAAAAAUUCCUACAGUCAACUGACACUGAUUUUAUGACCUUGUAUAUACAAUAAUAUAAACCAAGUCAUUGUAUUUAAUUUAGGAUUAUUUCAUAUCUUCAUUUAAAUAAAAAUAUUUUUUUAUCUUUUUUAGAUACAGUCAAUAAAUAAUGUGAACAUGUAUCAUAACAUGCAAAUCUAAGAGAACGUGUUGUGAAUGAGGAUACUUGUGGACUGGGAAUUUUUUUUCUUUUAUUUUAUUUACACAUUUUUAUAAAAAAAAAAAAAAAACGUUUUUCCAACGUCUUAAAUUUGAGACGAUUUCUCUUCUUCGUUAGUAUUUCUCAGGCUGUAGAAAAGACCAGCUCACAGGGCACAGAGGAGGCAAGAGUGCAGAGGAAAUUAAGUG